AUGGCCACCAUUAGGAAGAAACUGGUGAUUGUUGGUGAUGAAAAUAGUGGCAAGACCUGCUUACUCAUAAUCUUCAGCAAGGACCAGUUCCCAGAAGUUUAUGUGCCCACCGUGUUUGAGAACUAUGUGGCAGAUAUUGAACUGGAUGAAAAACAGGUCGAGUUGGCCUUGUGGGACACAGCUGGACAAGAAUAUUACGAUCGCCUGAGGCCUCUCUCCUAUCCAGACACUGAUGUUAUAUUGAUGUGUUUCUCCAUUGGCAGCCCUGAUAGUUUAGACAGCAUCCCAAGAAAAUGGGUUCCAGAAGCCAAGCACUUCUGUCCCAGUGUGCCCAUCAUCCUGGUUGGGAACAAGAAGGAUCUUCGGAAUGACUCUUUAGCAAGACGGGCUUUAGCUAAGAGGAAGCAGGAGCCGGUAAAAUCUGAGCAAGGCAGAGAUAUGGCGAACAAGAUUGGCGCUUUGGUGUACAUGGAGUGUUCAGCAAAGACCGAAGAAGGUGUGAGGGAGGUUUUUGAAACAGCUGCAAGAGCUGCUUUACAAACCAGACUUAGGAAGACAAAAUCUGGGUGUCUUGUGUUGUGA